UAUAUAUAAAAAAAUUAGCCAGCCAAGAUUUCCAUUUUUUGUUUUAGAAUUUUGGGUGACUCUUUACAACUUCAACAAGCCUUUCUUCUCUAGAAUAUUCGAUUCUCUUAGACAGACGAGAGAGAGAGAGAGGGAGUCCGAUCCUCACGUGAGCAAAACAUGCAAAAUCCAGAGAGUACACAACACAUCUCAGUUGUAUGGAGGGGGAAGACAUUUACCAUAGAAAUGAAUUCAGGUGCUACUAUUAAGGAGCUUGGGCUUGAGCUGCUAAAAUUGACCAAUGUCAAAGCAGAUACCAUGCGGCUGAUUGUUCCACAAUCCUUCAACAAAAGCUCAAAGCUGUUGUCUCCUUUCUCUGAUGAGCAGGCAUUCUUAAGUUUGCAAGACACUUCCAUAAGAAAGGGCAAGUCUAUUAGAAUGAUGGGAGUGUCUGAAAGUGAGGUUGAUGAAGUUCUACAAAAUGCAAAAGCAGACUUGAGGAUAGCUGGAUUCGAAGAAGAGGAAAAGAGACUGAGGCAGCGAAUAUCAGACAGACCUCAUGCUUCACUGAAACUUCCACAAGGACGUUAUAUCUUUCGUGAUUUUCGCACACUAGAGAUCCCAGGAGUAGAGUUGAAUCCCCCAGCUUCUGAGGCAUUGAGAAUAAUGCACACGCUCGCUGCAGAUCCUGGAAUUGUUGCUAUUAUGAACAAGCAUCAUUGGUCUGUAGGUAUUAUGACUGAGAUGGCACCCAUUGGUUAUGUUGGCAUAAGUCCCAAAUGCAUUCUUGGUUUUAACAAGAAUUAUGGAGAGGAGAUAUCUCUGCGUCUUAGAACUGAUGACCUUAAGGGUUUCAGGAAGUAUGAGAGCAUCAAGAAAACUCUUUUGCAUGAACUUGCUCACAUGGUACACUCUGAACAUGAUGCCAACUUUUAUGGUCUGGAUAAACAGUUGAACCAAGAAGCUGCUAGUUUAGAUUGGACAAGAUCAAGAAGUCAUACUUUGAGUGGAGUACAGUAUUCAGAAACUUAUGAGGAUUCAUUUGUUGGAGACAGUAGUUAUUCCGCUCAGAAGCUUGGAGGAAAUACAUCAGAUCAGCUUGCAAGUGCUUGUGCAUCUUCAGUUGCUGCUGCUUAUCGUCGUUUAGCAAAUGCUUCUGAAAACAGCUUGGGAGGGUCUAUAGUAAAUGAAGAACCUGACCCUGAUGAUUCUGGGUUCAAAACACGUGAAGAAGAUGAUUCUAUGUAUUCCAUAGAGGAAGAAAACUUGGAUAUUUGGAGUCCAAAUGAAGCUGAGAGAAAAACUGCUUAUGAGCCUGAUCCUGAUGAUCAUUCUGGCAAUCAUAACAAGCUUGAGCCUGAUCCUGAUGAUUCACUGGGUGGGGAAACUUUGGAGUCUGAAUUUUAUCCAGAAUUUACUGGAAGUAAAACAAUAUCUCGACAAGAUUUCAAUAACGCUGGGCCAACACAACUCUUGCCUCCUCCAGAAACCAACUUGAUGCUGAGAACCUCAAAGUUGCAUGAAGAACCUGAUCCUGAUGAAUCUCAGGAGAUGGAGAUUGUGGACAGCAGAACUCAAACAAGCAAAAACAUUGAAGAACCUGAUCCUGAUGAAUCUCAGGAAAUGGAGAUUCUGGACAGCAGAAUUCAAACCAACAAUAACAUUGAAGAACCUGAUCCAGAUGACACGGCAGAAAAGCAGAAUGGUUUGGAAUAUGGAAACAUCAUGGGACUAGAUCUGGAUGAUUACCCAGAAAAUGAGACCAUCAGAGAUCAAGCCUGUCUAAAUAAGGCUUAUAAAGAACCCGAUCCAGAUGAGUCUCAGCCAAAUGGAGUUCUGGCAGAGCCUGAUCCUGAUGAUAAUUUGGUGCAUCCACUGGGAAUAUCGAGAAUGCAAACCUAUGAGCCAGAUCCAGAUGAUCAAGAACUUCAAAGAAUCCAAGACCCUGUUACAGUUGUUUGUAGCCGUCUGCAGAAGGCCAUUGAAAUGCUGCAAGUUGAAGUUACUCCCAUGGAAGCUGCUGCAGUACUACAAACUCUGUUUAAGAUAAUUAGGAAUGUCAUUGAACACCCAAAUGAGAUGAAAUACAGAAGACUGCGAAAGGCUAAUCCCAUAAUCGAAAGGAAUAUUGCGAAUUAUAAAGCUGCUAUGGAAAUUCUUACUUUGAUUGGUUUCAAUGAAGAUGUUGAGUCAGACGAGAUUGGAAAGGCAGAAGCUUAUAUAGUUUUGAAGCGGAAUGAUCCAGGGCUAUUGUGGCUUGCAAAGUCUUCCCUUGAAGCAUGUAUUGCUUACUAAUGGUAGAAGUGCAAAAUUGAUGAAGAACUUUUAAAACAGUAAAUGUGCCAUGUAAAGGUUUUGCAUUGUGUUAUAGUUCACAAAAUACAGGAUUGUACAUUUGUGCUGUGAUAUAUCAAGUUGAUAUUAGACUAUUAAAUGUAGAUAAAGAGGUCUGGGAAUCCGAUGUCAGAUAAUUGCAUGGUUACGGUUGUGUUGUUGUCCAAUUAUGGAAGUUCUUGAUAAUAUACAGAGAGAUUAUUACAAGUUUUA